AUGAAUUUUCGUGUAUCGGAACUGACGGAGAUCGCCCUCCAAAUUCUUGGCUACAAGUUGUACGACAGGAAUGGAACGCAGACCGAAUCGUUGGAGAAUGUGAUCGAAAAGUACCAGUUCAGUUCGGAAAAGGUAGAACCCACCACAGCCCAAAAGGGUCAAAAGCGAAAACAAUCCUCGGUCUCGAGCGCUGUGGGACAGAAGCAGUUCAUGGCACAAUUUGAUCUUCCCGAUUUUGAUACGAUCCUGAUCGAUACGAAUAAGUACGUCGAAGGUCAGAUGACGUCGUUUAUAAAGCAGCUCCAAUCCUCCUUGGUAUCGGUUUGUCGGGAUACGGACUACAGGAAUCAUAGGAAGGGAAUACGGAUCCAGAAUGCAGUGUGCAUCGGUAAAGAGCUACCGGUCUUUUGUAGCACGGUGUCCAAAACGUACAAUACGAUGAAAUACGUCGACGAGCAGGACAUAAUCUCUCGCUCGAAUGAUGAGGACUUUGAUAAGGAAGAGUACAUUUUAGUCAAACAAGGUUUGCUAUUGCGGGAAUUCAACACCCUACUGCAGUUGCUUAAGCACAUAUUAGAUACCACCCCCAAAACCAUAAAGGAGCUGGACGCGACGUGGCUGUUGAUGCUGAAAUCAUAUGAAGCCAUCCUCGGUCGAAAAACCCGUAUGUGAUCCGGCCAAUUUCCGCAAUUCCCGGGCCAUGCGAGCACCUUAAAUGAUCCAGGCUGAGCCCUUCUUAUAACAUCCCCUUUUC